CCGUUUCCGGUGUAUCCAGCCCUUAAAGCACCACCAAAGAAGAGUUUCCUUGGCAGUUGCAGAGAGGUAUUUGGGUGUGUGAGACUUGACAUCAGAAGAAUUACAGGGUGUGUCCCAUCCUUUCAGAAUUGUUUUGUUUUUUAAACUAGGAAAGUCAGUUAAGAAAAAAAAAUCAUAUUUACAAUGAUGGCCUACAACAACCAAACAACGCUGUGCCAAUUGUGGGCCACCCAAUCAUAGCCAGUUAGUGAUAGAGCCUGGAUUUGAACCAGGGUGUUUGUUGUGAAAUCUCUAGCACUGAGAUACAGUGCCUUAGACCACUGUGCCACUUGAGAGCCCAGUUAGGAUUAGGGUUGGCCUGAGGUAGGACUUAAUAGAUUAAAAUAGUGCAGUAGAGUCUUUUUUAUUUUAUUUUAGAAUUUAUUUUGUGAGUAUUGUGUUAGGGUAUUUGUUUUUAUUUAUUUUUUCAAGCAAAGUAUAAAGGAGUUGUACUCCAGUCUAGUAGGUGGCGGUAAUUCAACAUUUAUUGGAUGCCAACCACCGUUAAACUUCAACGAAGAAGAAGAAGGAGUGUUUCCGUCAAGAUGGCUGUCGGUGCCUUCCCCAUCGCCAAGCUCCUCUACCUCGGUGUACGGCAGCUCAGCAAGCCCGUAGCCAACAGACUCAAGGCCGGGGCUCUCCGGAGCGAGUUCUUCAAGACAUAUGUUUGUCUUCCACCGGGACAGAUUUACCACUGGGUGGAGAUGAGGACCAAGAUGAGGAUCAUGGGUUUUCGGGGUUCCACCAUCAAGCCCCUGAACGAAGAGGCGGCAGCAGAGCUGGGUGCAGAGCUGCUGGGGGAGGCCAUCAUCUUCAUCGUCGGAGGGGGGUGUAUGAUCCUAGAGUACAGUAGACAGGCGGCUAACUCUAAGAGGAAGGAAGAAGAGCUGAGUCACACCAUUGGCAGUCUGCAGACACAGAUAGGAGAGCUGACCUUGAACACAGAGACACUGGAUGCCAGGCUAAGGGAGGUCAACAGGCUGCUGCUCUCCUUACCACCUCCUGUUACCAUGCAAGUUCCUGUUUCGGAUCCUGCUACCACUCUGGCUUCCUCUUCUGUGGAUCCCAGUCAAAAGUGACGCCUGUGUAAUUUCUGAAUUAGCCUGGUGGUCGUCAGAUCGGUUUGCCUUUAGCCAAGUUCUCGCUCAUGUCAUACCUAACCUUUUCAUAUCUUUCUCUCUCUCAAUGUAGUGUUGUCAGACGAGAAUAAAGGACUCUAUACACACACACACACACACUCUGCAAACGGAGCGACGGAGAUCCGAUCCCUGCUUACUUUUGUGCGGCUGAAUUUAUGGAGUGGACCGUGUGUGUGUGUGUGUGUGUGUGUGUGUGUGGAGUCCUUUCCGUCUAGGUUAUGAUGCCACACGAGUCAGCUGUUGGCUAAAACAGACAGAUCUCUGUCCGCCAGGUUAUGUCUGUUAUUAAAAGGACUGUGACACUUAACCGUAUGCUUCCCAGAUGAAACAGUCUGUGCAUAUAUUAUGUUUGCUUUGGUCUUUGGCAGGGGUGGGUUUUUUUCGGCUGUUCAUUUAUUUUUUCUUCUUGAGGCAAAAGUCUAUGUUCAGUACUCCCUAGUAGGAACUAUUGACCAUAUUCUUCAAUGAAGUGUUUGUCAUUCAAGUAGCCUCUGCUGAGAUGUUUUCAGGAGAAAUGGAAAGAGGGCGGGCAUUAACAAAGCAAUACCAUCUUAACUCCGCCUCCGCAUUUACCGGAUUGGUUGAACAGUGCAGAAGAGAACCUCCCACCGACAGUUUUCUAUUCUCCUGGUCAAGACUAGCUUUCAUGCACAUGUUUUCAAUUGAGAAAUACAGAACCAAACAUCUGUUAGAUGGGGAAAUUGAGCAACUUAAGACUUCCUCUGGGGGAAAAAAUGUCAACAUUUUAUUACAGAUUUCUUGAUUUCUGUCUGGUUAAUUUGAUCUGUUUUGAGGGAAGUGUUACUGGGUAUGUUGCUACGGUGGCUCAAAAGGGACAAACCACAGUGUAGAGCCACUUUUUUCCCCCCCUAAUUUUUCAAGUGAUGUUCAUUAAGGCGAGCAGAUGUUUGCUGAGUUCUGCUAGAUGCAAACCGACCCUCUAUGCAGAUGCCUUUAUCAGUUAAGUGGAGAGAAGUGCAACCACAACACAGUACUGUCUGUCUGCUGCUAUAUAUAUAUAUAUAUAUAUAUAUAUAAAGGAUUUCCU